AUGAAUUAUACAGCAUUAAAAGAAUAUCUUCGAUUAAGUUCAAAUGAACUUUUUGCCCAUCAAAAUAAAACCAUGACUAACAGCCGUAGCAAGAGUCCUGCGCAGAACAAGGUACGCUUCGUACAAGACACUAAAACAAAAUAUAAACCCAAUUACAAAAACUACAAUACAAAUCUAAACCAGUUCAGAAAUUACAAACACCGUCAAAAUUCCCAAGAAAGAUUCAUUCCAAACAAUGUAAGACGCCUUAAUAGCGCCAGAGAACAGGAAUUCGGUAGCAAUAUCCAAGAAAGAUAUCACAACGAUUACGCUGAUAGAACAGCAGUAAUGAAUCAACCUCGUCCACAAACCCCGCCUCCUCAAAGCAAACCUCCACUACAAAAUUAUCAAAGACGUCAACCCCAAAACACAAACGAAAACUUUCAAACUCAGUCACAACUCAAUAGAUAUAACUUUCCCCCAAUAAAUCAAACCCCCAACUACCCAAUGAAACAAAAACUAUUUUCACAUUCAAGUAGCUCUUUCAUAUGCAAAUCAAUGAUAAGAAAUGGAACCCAACAAUCCCACUACAACGACAACGCGCAUUGGAAGAAACAAGAAAAACUAACAGCAGAUUUCUGUGGAUAG